GUAAAUUGUCUGGUCUGUUAAGACAGAAGAUCACAGCCUUUGGUCAUGAUGUGGAUAUCUCUGUAAGAUGUCUGCAGUGUUUGGUGCAAGCCAUUGAUGCAAGGGCAAUAACAAAGAACAGUCCCGAAAUAGUGCGUUCUUCCAUCCAUCCAUUCUUCCACAAUGCAGCAGAUGACCUCCUCCAGACUGUUCACAAUCUCCAGAUUGGUCGAUUUAGUCACGUGAAGGGCACUAUCACACGCGGUGCUACCAGUGUGGACUAUGUUCACAUGGUACUUCUGCCAGUGCUUUCUUCAUUCUUUGACCACUUGGGAAAGAACAACUAUGGUUCUGACCUAUUAAUUGAAGACCUCCAGCUAGCUUGCUACAAAAUCUUAAAUGCUCUCUAUACCCUUGG